AUGGAGAGCCCUCACGAGCAUCAACAGACAGUGCUAUUGUCCCGCAUCAUCGGCAAUGUGGAGAAACUCAAUGAAGCUGUCAUGGUUAUGAACAAAGGCCUGCAGGAAGUCAACAUUCAGAACAUGAACGUUGAGCUUGUGGCCCAGAUGUUCAAGAACUACCAGUCAAAUGUUCUCUUCCAUCUUGAAGGCAUGAAAACAAUGCCCUUUCUCCUCUUCUAUCCCUCCCCCAUUCUUGGCGUAAUUCGGCCAAACUUCAGCGACAACCGCGUUUGUGCCGUUUGUAUCGUUUGCUUCCUUUCCACUCGCGACAGGGUAUCGCGAAAUUAUAUUUAUAGACAGCUGAUUCUGCUAUCCACUGUCGAUCCCAAGAGCUCCGGAGCGCAUCCAGCUAUGACGAUUACCGCAGUGCAGAGCCUCCUACCAGGCCGCAUCGCCUCCAAUUCCUCCGAAAAGCAGACCGAAAAGCCUCCUCCACAACUACACGGCAUUACAGACUUCCCCUUCAAAGGCUACCAUCCCCCACAGCCUGAAGGAUACCGACAAAGCCAAGCCCACCCCGAUACCAGCGCCAUCGUCAUCGACAAUGGCGCUCAUCUGGUCAAGGCCGGUUGGUCGUUCGACAAAGCCCCCCGAUUCGCAAUUCCCCCCGUUAUGAGCCGAUACCGCGAUCGCAAGCUCAUGCGUCAAUGCCAGUUUAUCGGCUACGAUGCUUACGUCGAUGCAACUACCCGGGGACAACUGCGCAAUGGCUUUGAUCCUGGCUCGAGUGUGGUGGGUAACUGGGAUGUCAUGGAAGGGGUGCUGGACUACCUGUUCAUCAAGCUGGGCGUUGACGGUGCCAAUGGCGGUGUCGGCCGUCCCAUUUUAAUGACGGAGCCAAUCGCGAAUUUGGGAUAUUCGAGAAAGAUGAUGAACGAAAUUCUGUUCGAAUGCUACUCUGCGCCUUCGGUGGCUUACGGUGUCGAUUCGUUGUUCUCAUAUCGGUACAAUGGUGGAAAGGACGGCUUGAUUGUGGACUCGUCGCAUACAUCUACCCAUGUCAUUCCCGUCAUGGAUUCGAAACCCGUGUUCUCCAACUCCUCCCGCCUUAAUUGGGGUGGCUUGCAGGGCUCCGAAUACCUGAUGAAGCUUAUGAAGCUCAAAUACCCAACCUUCCCGACUCGUUUGACGGACGCGCACAUGGAAGAGAUGGUUCACAACCACUGCUACGUUUCCCAAAAUUACAAUAGCGAGUUGAAUGGGUUCCUGGAGUGGUCCGGACUGGAGGACCGUGAUCGUGUCAUUCAGUACCCCUUCACAGAGCACGUUGUCCAAGAAAAGACAGAAGAAGAACUCGCCAAAAUCGCCGAGCGAAAGAAGGAGAGUGGUCGCCGUCUUCAGGAACAAGCUGCCAAGAUGCGCCUUGAAAAGCUCGUCCGAAAGGAGCAAGAGCUGGAGUACUGGAAGGCCCUUCAGAUCAGACUGGAGAGUGAGAACAAGAAGGAGACUCGCCGCAUUCUUGAAGCCGAGGAGUUGAAGGAUGAGGCCGCCCUAGAGAGAAUGAUUCGCGAAUUAGAGAAGUCUAUCAAACGCUCCCGCAACAAGGAUCUCGGCAUUGAAGAAACCGAGGAGCAGCCCGAAGAGAUGACAUUCCCUAUGCUCGAUAUCCCGGAUGAUCAGUUGGACGAAGCUGGCCUGAAAGAGAAGCGACACCAACGGCUAAUGAAGUCUAAUGUGGAUGCUAGACUGCGUGCCAAAGAAGAAAAAGAACGUGAGAAGGCUCGGGUUGCGGAAGAGGAGAGGCUAGACCGUGAGGAGCGUGAGAACAACUUCGAGCGCUGGAUCUCCAAGCGUCGCGACAACCGCCAGCGCAUCCUUCAAAGUAUAAAGGACCGUGAUCGAUUCACUGCUGACCUUGGCAACCGCAAGUCCCUCGCCAGUCAAAUGCGAAUGAAGACGCUAGCAAACCUGGCAUCUGACGGCCCCAAGAAGCGUCGCCGCGGUGGUGAUGACGAUGACUUCGGUGCCAACGAUGAUGACUGGGGUGUCUACCGUACUGUUGCUGUUGGCGAGGCCAGUGAUGAUGAGGAAGAAGAGGAUCUCAAUGCUACGCUCGACGCCGCUGAAAAAGAAUUACUCGAAUUUGACCCGGAGUUCAGCGAGCACAACACUUUCGCUGCACAGUCAGACUGGACAAAGAGCCUCGUCCAUGCGUUCCUUCGCGGGCCCUGGCCUUUCGAUCCGGAAAGCCAGCGGGAAGCGCACCAGCUUCAUUUGAACGUUGAGCGCAUCCGCGUUCCUGAAGUUGUCUUCCAGCCCUCCAUUGCCGGUGUUGACCAGGCUGGUCUAAUCGAGAUUGUGGCCGAUAUCAUUAAUCAGCGCUAUACGAACCCGCAAGAUCAGUCUCGAUUGCUGAAGGAUGUGUUCUUGACUGGUGGAAAUACUCUGUUCACUGGCUUCGAUGAGCGCUUCCGCAGCGAGGUACGGGGAUUCCUGCCGGUCGAUGCUACUCUGAAUGUGCGUAAGGCAUCGGAUCCCGUCUUCGACGCUUGGAAGGGUGCAGCUCAAUGGGCUUCUGGUGACAAUUUCGGUCGCUCUUCGGUCACAAGAGAGGAAUAUCUAGAGAAAGGCAGUGAGUAUAUCAAGGAACAUGAACUUGGUAAUGCUACGUGGUGA